AUGUCUCUUAGCAACAACCAAACCCAAUUCGUAACAGUUUUCGUUCCAAUCCAAUUAUCAAUUGAUGUUUUCAGAAAAAUGAACAACAUCAAUUCUUUUGUUAAUGACAACCUCACCAACUUUCCAAUUGUAACUGUUGACCAACUUAUCAAAGUUGUCAACAACAACAACAACAACAACAACAACAACAACAACAACAACAACAACAACAACAACAACACUUCAAUUUCCAACAAUGGCGACAUCAACAAUUGUUUGGCUACCUUUGAACAAGUCCAAAACAAUUGUUUUGAAACUUGUGAUUUCAAGGCUACAGAAAGGGAGCAUUAUUUUGCCAGUGGCAAACAAAUACAAGAAUCAGUUUUGCCAGAAGAAGAAGAAGAGAAGAUUUCCGUCAACAACUUUGCCAUGGUUACCGUCGAACCAAACAAUUGUUUUGUCAAGGCCCAACAAAUUAACUCUGUUGCUCCAUUGUCAUUGGAUAAUAGAAAUUGUGUUAGAAGGGCUCACAGGGAGGUCAAUACUUUUGUACAGGUGUUUGAUGUUUGUGUUUUUAAUCUCAAAGUUGUUAAUGUUGCCACCAAUGAAAGUCAAGUCAAUCUCUUUAAUGGGGGCAAUGUUGAAAACAUUUGUUUUGAUCGUUCUAUACAAAUGCCACGUUCAUCAGCAGAUGAUUUUGAUUGGUCGUCACAACAACAAUCCUCUUGGUAUUCACUUGCUCUCUCCAUUAUCCCAAUUUAUCAUGAAAUUAUCAUUAGUUCUUUGCAAUUGGUUAGUAGUUGCCUUUUACAAGUAUUGGCAGCAUCAGCAACAAAAGCAACUACCUCCACAUCCACUCAACAUCAUCGUUCCCAAUGUUUCCAAAAGAAUUGCUGUAAACCUCAACAAUCAAUUAAUAAGUCUUACCUUUACCAACUUCCUAAAAAACAUCUUCUUCUUAAACAACAACAACAACAACAACAACAACAACAACAACAACAACAACAACAACAACAACAACAACAACAACAACAACAACAACAACAAAACCAACAACAACCAAUUAAAUCUUUCUAAAGAGAUUUGUAAUGAAAAUCUCAAUUUCGAAGAAUUUAACUUUGAAGAUGAAAGUGUAUGCAAGUACAAUAGAUUGACAAACUCCUGUGAAAAUAUAUCAAAAAUACAACAAGUCAAUGAGGAAUCAGAAUUACUAGAUUGGUUCUCUGAUUUUGAAGAAAUGGAUUCAGUUUUAUUACAGAACGGAACCGAGUUUGACAAUGAUCACCCAAUGGUAAAGUCACAGGCUCCAUCCAUUACUUUUAAGAGUUUGGAUCAAUUUAUAAAAUAUUUAGAAGAGAAUAACUGUGUUGAUGAUAUCGAAGUUUCUCCAUGCUCAAAGUCCCAUACAUUCAAUAGACCAGUUUCAACACCACGUCUAAUUAUUAAACCAACAUGGUGUGUCUAUGGUGACUCAUUAAAUACUGAAUUCUUCCACUCUUGUCUAAAGGAUAAAACAUGUGGUGAUAUUAUUGUGGACCACUUUGAGCCAUUGGUCUCCUCACCAACAGACUUUUUAUUAUCAAAUGGUGGCCAAAGAAUUUUAGAUACACCAAAUGCUGGUGGUUCAUCCGUUUGGUCAGAGGUAUUAUCAUUUGAAGUAUUAAAUCAAGUUUUUGGUGCACAAUUAAAGAAAACUGAAACUGAAAUUGAAUAUGCUCCAGGUUCAAAAAUUACAGAUUUCUCUGUUGAUAUUAACAAUAGUCAUAUUGGAGUUUCUGUGGUAAGAAUAAUUAACUUUUUCGAUCUCAAUGGAAGAACGUACAAAGCUGUUUUCACACCAGAAUAUGCUCGAAAUCUUUUGUACAAAAAGUUAUUUGGUGUCAUUGCCUCCACUGAAGCGGUUGUUGAUAAAUGGGAAAAACAAAUUCUUUAUGUUUGGACUACAUCUUCUUGUGUCGCCGAUAUAAUUGUUCAAGAAUAUUGGAAAGUUCCAGCAAAGUUAAGAUCAAAUACUUUAGUUUAUGUUAAUCAUGCAACAAACUCUGAAUUUUUAUUUUAA